AUGGAAGCUGAUGGCAACGCUCUCGUUCCCUUGCGUCAGAAGACAAAAAAGAAAAGUCAAGGGUUCUUUAUAAUGAGCCGACGGAGGAUAUCGUGUAAAGAGCUGGGGCAAGCCGAUUGCCAAGGAUGGCUCUACAAAAAGAAGGAAAAAGGAGCUUUCAUUGGCAACAAAUGGAAAAAGUUCUGGUGCGUGCUGAAGGAGUCAUCGCUGUAUUGGUACAGCAGUCAGCUGGCUGAAAAAGCAGAAGGAUUCAUCAGACUUCCAGACUUCAGUGUGGACCGAGCAAUUGAAUGCAAAAAAAAGCAUGCUAUUAAGAUCAGCCACCCACAGAUCAAGACAUUUUAUUUUGCAGCAGAAAAUGUUCUGGAAAUGAACACGUGGCUAAGUAAACUGGGGAUGGCUGUACACCCUCAGGCACCCAACGGGAAGAAUGAGGAAGAAUGCUACAGUGAAAGUGAACACGAUGAUCCAGAAAUAACAGACACACCACCUCCCCCCUACACAGUCCAACCACCACCUCCUCCUUCGGAUCAGCAGAAGUCUUCUUUCACCUCAACUCUGUCAAGUGAAGCAUCUUGUUCUCUCUCCUCUCCUGAAAGCACUUUCAACUCCCAAGAGUCGUCUUCUUCCUUGACGUCCAAAGUGGUUUAUUCCGAGAGGCAGUCCUGGCUUGACCUAGUUAACAGCUCUGCCACAGAAGAGGGUGAUCAGCCUUUAACUUUCUGCGUACAGAUUCACUCUGAUGGGCUGCCAGAAGUAGACUAUGGAGAAGCGGCAGAAAGCCAGGAGGUCCAGCUUUCCAAACCCGGUGGUGGAUCCCAAAACUCUUUUUUAGGUCUGGAUACACAUUGUCUAGCUGUGCCAGAUGCAACAGGACAGAGAUCACUAGCCAAAGAUCAGGAAAAAUGUGAUGAUGAUGAGAUGGAGCGACUUUACAAGUCAUUAGAACAAGCGAGCCUGUCUCCCAUUGGUGAUCGUCGGUUGUCAACGAAGAAGGAGCUUAGGAAGUCAUUUAUCAAACGCAGCAAAAACCCCUCCAUUAAUGAGAAACUCCACAAAAUUCGAAUGCUGAACAGCACAUUAAAGUGUAAGGAACAUGACCUGGCCACAAUUAACCAGUUGCUAGAGGACCCAAAGUUGACGGCAAUGAAGUACAGAGAGUGGAGGAACACAAACAUCAUGCUGGUCCAAGAUAUCUAUCAGCAGCAGGAGGUCCAGGACAUGUCCACAGAGAAUAGUGAGGAGCAAGAGAUGACUCCACAGCCUAUCACUGAAAGUGCUAUCUGA